AUGGGCGUUGAAAAGCUCGUGAUCAGACCUGGCAAUGGCAUAGACUUCCCGAAGAAGCAUGACGAGGUGUCUAUGGAAUACACUGGUCGCGGUGACCUGAUCACUCCCAUCGGUGCCGGCCGGGUCAUCAAAGGCUGGGAUGAGGGCAUUUUAGGCUCCGCAGAGGCUUCUCCAAUGACGCUGGGAGAGAAGGCGACUUUAAUCAUAACAUCAUCGUUUGAGCCAUGCUUCUUCGAAUCUCCCGCGCUCCUGGACGUCCAUGCCGCAGCAACCGCCAAUCUUGUACAACACGAAUGUCUGCAGCCUAUUGGCAUCGCCGCAUCUUUGGACUUCGAAGAUCUGAUCAGACCAUGA